AUGGGCCGUCCUGCAGCGGCGGCGGCGCAAGCCGCAGGCGAGUCUGCUGCUGCUCUCGACGCCGACCCCUCCAGCAGCAGCAGCAGCAGCAGCAACAGCAACAGCAGCAGCUAUGGUAUACGCACGCGGAGUGCUAGGGCCAGAGAGGUCCAAGAAGCUGCCGCUGAUAGCAGCAGCACAACUGCUGCUGCUGGCACCACCAGGAGCAGCAGGAGCAGCGGCAGCAGCAACAGAAACAACAGCAGCAACAGCAGCAGCAAAAGUACGCCCGCUAGGAACCGGAGCCGCAGCAGCAAAGGUCGCAACAACAGCAACAGCAGCAACAGCAGCAACAACACCAACAGCAACAGCAAUAUCAACACCGAAAACAGCAGCAGCAGCAGCAGCAGCAGCAGCAUCAUCAUCAUCAGUAGCUCCCUUGGCGGCACUGGCAGCAGCAGCAAUAGCGACAGCAACAACAACAGCAACAUUAGUAGCAUCAGCAGCAACAGCAGCAGCAGCAAACCAUUUCGUUUAGGUGCUACCCCUCGCAUAUCGCUGGGGCUGUUGGGUGUCGGCGCCUCUUCAAGGCAACCCUCAUCUGCUGCUGCUGCUGCUGCUGAGACAGGUGCAGCAGCAGCAGAAGCAGCAGCAGCAACAACACAGGCGAUCCCGGAGGCAUUUCGGCAUUUGUCUUUGGGUCGUCAAAUACCCAAGCCGCUGCUGCAGUCCCUCAGCAGCAGCAGCAGCAGCAGCAACAGCAACAGCAGCAGCGGCAGCAAAGCGCGCCCUCCCACCUACCUCGACACUGCAGCAGCUCCUGGAGUCGUCAGGCUGCAGCCUGUACAACCUGCAGCAGCAGCAGCAGUAGCAACAACCCCACCCAGCAGCAGCAGCAGCAACAGCAGCAGCAGCAGCAGCAACGUGAGAGAUGAGAAGCAGGUUAUGGAGAUGGUUGCUGGCGGCUGUUCGCCUCCCUCUGCUGCUGCUGCAUUGCUGCAGCAAGGGGUUUGCAUGCAUUCGUCUUUGGUGUGUACAGACAGUUUGCAGCUGCAGAAGGCGGAGCGGCAGCAGCGGCAGCAGCAGCAGCAGCAGCAGCUUGACCGAUGGUUUAAUAUGCCUUUAAAAGAAAUAUCUCCGCAGCUGAUGCGAGAACUGCAGCUGCUGCAGCUGCAUGCAUAUGCAAACCCAAAGACAUUCAUAGGGCGGCGCAGGGGGCCCCUGAUACAUCUAAAGAAGCUGCAAAGCAACAGCAGCAGCAACAGCAGCAGCAGCAGCAGCAGCAGCAGCAGCAGAGGGGGGGCUCCCAGACAAGCAGCAUUUAUGCAUGUUGCUCGUGUAGUCGGAGGUUCGACAGUGUGUGCAGCAGGAGGUGGUAAGGAGUCUCAAGCAGCAGCAGCAGCAAAUAAAGGCCCCGGGAGACGCAGCAGCAGCAACUCGCUGCUGCAUGCGCUGCUCAGCAGCAAAGAAGUAAAGAGUUGGUGCUCUAAGAAAUAUAAACAAAUCCAAGAAAAAACUAACAGCCACAAAUACAAGCGCAAAUUUAAAACAAAGAAAAAACAAAGAAAACAUUAA